AUGAGCAAGAAUUUUUAUCGUGAGCCAAAUAACUCUAAUAACAAUGAAAUUAAAGAUUCUAAUGGGAAUCCUUUAGACCCAGCGACUUCCAAAUUAAUUCAAGAUCAACCAAAGGGAUUGGUCAACUUCAUCUCUAAACAGCGUCAAUCAGUCUUAUCAAUAGUAAAUGCAGGAGAAAAUAAAUUGAAGGACAUUACUGAACAGUACCAAAAAAAAGAACAAGAAUUAAACCAUGAUGUAUCUAAGCUAGUCACGGAUCCAAGGGAAAAGCUUUUACCUGGGACAAUUUACACUGUAGUGAGUAUUAUGGCAGGUUCUAUCUUGACUCGUAAAAGGACUUUAUUAAGUAGGAUAUUGGUACCUACAAUCCUUGGGUUAACAUGUUUCAAUUAUAAUUUACCAAAUACAAUGAGCAAUUUAAAGUUCCGUAUCUAUCAAUGGCAAUCAAAGAAAUUUCCUGUUUGGACGAAGAAACAAGAUGAAAUGUUAAUGGAAUUAAAUGAAGGGUUACAAGAUGUUAAAGAAUUUAAAUCUAAAGUCUCUAACUGGUGGAAUAGUAGUAAAUAA